UUUCCCUGCUGCAUUUUUCUCGUAUGCAGGCGCUCACGUGAUACUUGAUUUCAGCCGUUUCACGUCUAAACCGGUUUGCAGCUACAGUUGAUUGCGCAACUGAUAACGAGUACAGAGAAGAGCGCGGCAGGUGAGAUUUUAUCGCCGGCUCAGUAAGCUCUCAUUACAAUGGAUACGAUUAGCAUGCGCUCAUUGAUUGUCACUUUCAUUGAUUCACUGACUAUCCUUCUGAUAGAUAAGUGCGAAUUUUUUAUAUUUUGUCUUUUGCCUUUGUGUUUAUCCUUUAUUUCCUUUCAUGGCUCAAAAUACUGGCAGCUAUAGUGACGAAAGCGUACCUUCUGGAUCAGUCGGGUAUCCUGAAAAUGAUUACUAUUUGCCAUCGGAGUGCGACUUAGAUUUACCCGGUUUGCCACCUGUAGAAUCUCGAGAUCAGAAUGCGGACCUACCAGAACAAUUAGGGGGCAUGGAAGCAGCUAUACGUGCAUGCAGAAGCGGAGUGCCAAUAACAACGGCAGCGCGGCAGUGUGGGGUUGAAAGGACCACUUUGCGCUACAAGCUGAAAGGGGAGCAUGCUGGUAUUCUUGGAUACCAGUCGAGGAAGUUUUCUGAUUCGGAGGAAAAAUAUUUUGCUGAUCUCCUUAUGGCAUUAGCAAGAGCUGGGGUCCCGCUGGACAAGCCAUUAUUUAAGAAAGUUGUGGAAGUGGCAGCGAUAAAUAAAGGCUAUCCACAAGAGAAGGCGCGCAUGACGGACACCUGGCAUCGGGCUUUUCUACACCGGCACCCGGAAAUCUCCAUACGAAUAACGCACGCAAGAGAUCGGAAAAAGGCGAGAGAGUGGACAGUGGAGAACUGCACAGAAUGGGUAACGACGCUCAGUGAACUGCACGCUUUUGGAUAUCUCUCCGAUCCGAGGGGACUUUUUAAUUUGGAUGAGAGCGGAUUCACAUUGGCAGAGAAAGUUAAAAAAGUGUAUGCUCCGCGAGGUCAGAAAGAGAUUCUUUCUUAUGCUGAUGGUUCGGACCGAGAUGUUGUUUCGACGCUGUUUUGUGGAAGAGCGGAUGGAUUAAUUUUGCGGCCAUUUGUGCUUUUUGCUGGUAUGCAGCAUUUACAUUCACGCAUAGCUGGUACUGCGGACCGCUGCUAUAUCUCGUACAACCAUUCUGGAAGUAUGGACGAAGAAAUUUUUGCCGACUAUGUCCGAAAAGAAAUCUUUCCCAACAUGAUAAUCGAAAAGAAUGUUAUUUUUGUCGAUGGGCAUUUUCUCAUCUGAACAACCUGCGGUUUCUAAUGGAUUGCACCGAGAACUGUAAGGACAUCAAGGUGAUCUGCUUGCCAGCUGGCCAAACUAGCCACUUAC